AACGCUGGUGGAAAUUGGGAUCUUAACAAAUACAGUCUUGAAGAUUUGCUAAUACAGUCAAAGCGGCGGGGGACAACUACGUCACUUAUCGCAGUUGGUGUCAUCAAUGAUUUUUUACAUCCAACGAAAUACAUACUUUAUAUCGACCAAGCUACGCUAGGAAUGCCUAGUCGAGAGUACUACCUCAAAGAUCGCGAUGACAAAACUCUUAUAGCGUACCAGACACUGCUUGAAAAGAGCUAUGUUGCCUUCGGUGCUGAAUCCAACUACUGCUGAAAAAGAUGCAAAAGAUGUUGUUGACAUGGAAAUAGAAUAUGCAAAUAUAACACUGCCAAGUGAUUUAAGAAGAGAUGUUACGAAAUGGUACAACAAAAUGACCACUGGAGAGCUUGGUGAUAAAUUUCCAGGGGUUGAAUGGAAAAAACUGAUAACGGGCACGAUGAAAAUUAUUGGGAUGUCAAUAAAUGACUCUGAGCCGGUUGUAGCCGUAUCACCCUCCUUUCUCCAGAAAAUUGGUAAUGUCAUCAGCAAAUACCCGUCUAGGGUGAUUGUUAACUACGUUAUUGGGCGUAUGCUACUGAAGGGCAAUGUACCAUUAUACCUUCCCGAAAUAUUUACAAGUAUAAAGCUUAGAUAUCAGCAGGUUUUAAGUGGAACUACACAAGCGUCACCAAGAUGGCAGAAGUGUUCCACGAAUGUUAAGCACGCGUUUCCAGAGGCUGUUGGAAGGCUAUUUGUUGAAGAAAAAUUUAGAACAGGAGCCAAAGAAAAUGUUCUUGAAUUAGUUUACAACCUGAAAAAAACCUUCAAAGGAAUGGUAGAUGAAUUAACUUGGAUGGAAGACAGUACAAAACAGCUUGCAAAGGAAAAGGCAGACUUCAUGGAGGUAAUGAUUGGUUACCCGGAGCUAAUAUUUAACGAUAGUGCUCUUCAUACCAAAUAUGAAAACGUCACAGUAUACAUUGAUGAUCCAUUGAGAACUAUUAUGAGCGUAGGUGAAGCUGCAGUGAUUCGUGGACUUCAGAAACUAAGAAAAGACGUUGACAAAACUGAUUGGUUUUUCUCCGCUGCUGAAGUGAACGCCUACAACAUGUUUCUAACGAAUCAAAUUGUGUUUCCUGCCGCAAUACUUCAGCCACCACACUAUUCAUAUGAGCAGCCCGCGUAUCUGAAUUAUGGUGGCAUAGGUUAUGUAAUUGGACAUGAGAUCACGCACGGCUUUGAUGAUCAAGGCCGAAAGUUUAACAAGUAUGGUGGAAUGAUAAACUGGUGGUCUGACAAUGAUUCGGCUAUGUACAAAGAUCGGGCAAAGUGUAUAAUUGAACAGUAUAGUAAUUUUACAGUACCAGGAACAGGCGGAAUGAUGUUAAAUGGUAAACUAACACUAGGAGAGAAUAUUGCAGAUAACGGUGGAGUCAAAGAAACAUUUAAGAGUCCAUAUUGUUCUUACCAGGCGUAUCGCGAAUGGUUGAAGACAAACCGACAUGGCAAAGAAGAGCAAAAACUACCCGGGCUGAACUAUACACCUAAUCAGUUGUUGUUCCUAAAUGCUGCACAGGUAUGGUGCGGCGAAACAAGAAAUGAAGAAAAAAUAAAAAGACUAUACACAGACCCUCAUAGUCCGCUAAUGUUCAGAGUAAAUGGUCCUCUGCAAAAUUCGGAAGAAUUUUCGAUAGCUUGGAAUUGCCCAGCUGGUUCCUACAUGAAUCCUUCUAGCAAGUGCACAGUGUGGUAGACGUGGAGGACAACAGAACGGAUGACGACCAUGUUUAUAAUGUUAAAACAACAUCUGCAUUUGACUUGUUAUUAAAUAAACUUAGCAU